AUGGACCAAGAUGCUGCCGUCAUUGAAACCGUUGCCUUUUCCGUCAAAAAGGUAAGACUCGUCCUCAGUCAAACAAAUCUGGACAAGUCUCCUGCACGCAAUGGGAUUUCUUGACUGAUACUUAAGGAAAUACCAACGGAACUAGCAAAAACCAAAAUUCAACUCUCUUUGAGCUGUCAUUGAGGACAGGGAGGUUGCUAUCACAGUGGAAGACAGCUAAUCUCGUUUUGCUGUAUAAAAGAGGUAGCGAGAUGUCAGCAAUCAGCUUCAGGCCUAUUAGCUUGACUUUUCUCCCACGUGAAACAAUGGAAGUCCUAGUUAAGAGUGUUGAACAACAUUUUGUGAAGAAAAUGACAUCUUGCAUAAUUUUCAGCAUGGGUUUCGGAGAGGACAAUCAUGCCUCUCAAACCUGCUAACUUGUCUGGAGGUCUGGAUCAGGGCUUUGAAAGAGGACUUAGAAAUCGAUUUCGUGCACAUCGAUCUCCGCAAAGAGUCCGACACUGUCCCACCCAGACGCCCUCUUCAUAAACUGAUCGCCCUCGAUAUCCGGUUUGAUCUUCUCAACUGGAUAAGGACAUUUCCGGUUGGCCAAAAACAGUGUGUCUGCAUUGGAUAUGAAAUAUCAGACUGGGUAAACUUGACUAGUGGCCUGUCCAAAGGCCUAGUUCUCAGACCAUUGCUCUUAAUCCUUUAUGUUAAUGACAGCAUUCAAGGACUCAACUACGAUAAAAUAGUGUUUUCCGACGACGUUAACCUCUGAAAAGUCGUUAAGGGCGCGAAUGACCAGAAAGCCCUUCAAAAUAAUCUGCACCAAUUUCAAACGUGAUCCGAGCAAUGACGCCUGAAUUUUAGUGUGCAGAAGUACUCAGUCAGCUGCCAUUUAAAUGAUAACAUCAGGAAAUGCCACCCGAGAGGCAUUACUCUUCCCGCAGAAUCUCUGCAGAAGGAUCUCGGUGUUUGGAUGCAGAACAACAUGGAAUCAACACUGCAAUGCCCCAAGGCUGCAAAAACGCCGCGGAAAUACCCCAUGCGAUAAAAAGGACAUUUGGGACUUUUGACAGGGACCUUUUUUGAGAAGGUUUACGACACUUUUGUUCGGCCUCAUCUAGAAUAUGACAAAAAAUCGUGCCGGACAUGGCUAACAAAGGGCCAAACAUACCUCAAAAAGUACAUUACAGUGCAACACUCUAUUUAUUCCUUGUAUGUUACAGGCAGCAAAGAGGUGAUCUUACCCUAGCUCACAAGAUAUUACAUGGCCUUGAGCAUGAACUGAACUUUGAAAACAUGCUUCAGUGGUAACUCUCGCCCAGUGUUCGUAGUCAUACGAUGAAACUAUGCAUUAAAAUAUCCAGGCUGAAACUUUGCUCUGAUUUUUUACACGAAGGAUAGUGGAGAAAUGGAAUGAUCAUCCUCAAGCAGUCGUGAAGGCGACGUCCCUGCAGCUGUUUAAGGAAAACUUGAAUGAUUAUUUGUGUCCCCUGUUUUUCCUCGAUAGUCUUAACCUGAGCCGAAUACCCCGUGCGCCUUAAAAAUUUUGCAUUUAAUUUGAAUGCUAUCUAAGUUAUCGGAGUAUUAUUUUUACAAAUGAAAUUUACACUGUGACUGCACAGCUGUAUCUGGCAAACUGACAUGUAAGCAGUGAGGUUUUCGAGGGUAUAACCUAUAAGCCUUACGAAAUAAAAUGAAAUAUUUAAAUAAACUGAAGCUAAUGAUAACAGGCGCGCAGGGAAUGCGGCCCCUACAUAGGGCAAUUGACAGACAACCAUAUAUCUGCCAUUAUUGAUGAUUCACGCAUCCAUCCCCUGUGCUGUAAUUGAUGCUAUGAAUGUUUGCCCCUCCAAAUUGUAAUUAGAGCCAUCGAUUAGUAUCGUUUUGAUUAUUCAGCAAUUUGGCUAACUUACUAUGUCACUUGAGGAUCCGUUCUUCCACAUGCUUUUAACGGGAAAAAUUACUCGACGCUGAAGAUGGAGGGUGGUUCCUGCGCUUUUUGACUGACUGUGGGUCGAAGAAGCGCGACCGGUGCAGUUCACGGUGUAUAUGGGUUAUUAGCUUCCCCGUAAUUUCAGGCUCAUCAGACUUGAGAGUGUGGUGUGGUACCGCUGAAUUGGCUGAGAAAUAAGGCUUAGCGCCAUUCUUCUUCACUGCUGCUGCACCUGCGGCCUAGGCGUCCAGAAUCAGUUCUUAGUUUUACCUAGGCCGAUGCUUUAUCAACAUUUGCCUCAUAUCCGGUAAACGGCUGCCGGCGUUUCCUGACGUGACAGAGGAUAUUUCGGCCUCAUUCAUUGACGCCUGAUAGUUGUUUCUGGUCUGUUUGUAUCUUCAAGUCCAAGUAGCUCGAGGUGGCUGGUGGUUACCGGUAAGCUCUUUACGAACGGGGGCGCUAAGCGAAGAUAGGGACCGAUGCGGUCCGGUCUCUACUCUCCUCUGCACAUGUACCUGCUGGCAAAGUCUCGCGGGUAGACAUUUUCAUUUGGCACCCGACUGAGGUAUUACAAUUCAACAGUCCUGUUUUCUGGUUCACUGUACAGCAUGCAAGCACACAAAUACAGUGCUUUUAUUUAGUUACGUUCAUGGCUAACUAAAUGGUUGUUACCAAAGCUGAUGUCUUAAGCCAUAUUGUUCAAUUUAAUUGAUGGUUAGAUUUUUAGGUGAUUACAAUCGUUUCAGCUUAUGUAGACAUAAACGUAAACCACAUGGUUAUUCUAUUUUCCCUUUUUACAACUUGUACGUUCAGGAACUCGACCAUCAGAUAUUCUUUGGAUGUCAAUACGCGAUUUCAUCAUAAUUCUGAAAGCCUUGACGUGUCUUUCAUUGUUUGGUGGGUUGUUCGAUCGAACGCUGAGCACAUCUCGAAACAGACCUCUGGGUGUUAGAGGAUUUGGUCGUGAGUAGGGCUACUCUCCAUAUCACCAUAUUUGCUUUGUGUGAGUAGUCAGGUGGCCUCAGCCGCCAUAUCCUACCAAAUAAAGGUAAAAAGGAACGUGACAUUAGAAGGUACGAUCAUCUCAUUUGACUGGACUUACCACUCUUCGAUAACUGACGAACCAUGUUUGAACAGAGGGUGGACGGGGCCAAAUGCUUAGACUUAAACAGGUGAUCCAGUCCAUUCUGGUGACCGAAGACAACUGACUUGAAGCGGUUUACUCGUAUGGUUGUUCCUACGAUUUAACCUAUGCAAGAAGUUUGCGUACGAUGUAUGAAAUGCAAAAAACUUGCAGUCGUAUUAGCAAAAUAUAGUUAAAGUUAACGUUGGUCGAUAUUUUGGAUUACGCCAUGGCCUCCAUCAUCCAAUUUUAGCUCAGUUCAUAGAAGGCGGCGCAUAUAGGAUGGCACUGCCAUAUUACAUACCGACUUUACUGUAGAUUCGAAAAAAAGAUUACUGGCGCUUAACUGGCACUAAGUAUAUAAUGCUUACGGACCGUUGCAAUGGCAUAUAUAGGGAUUGACCUAAUUCGAAUUCUUUUCCAUACCCCACGGAAGCAAAUGCAAGCAUGCUGUACAAAAAUGCCAACUGACUGCAAUUUAAGUACUACUUACACGCUCGGCAACGGGACAUCUUCAAUGCAUGUGAACUUUUGGACAAAUUCCAGUGGCAAAGGAUGCAGUGUGGUCUCUCAGCUUUAGGCUCGUUAUGUAAGGCCUGACAAUAAAAAUGUAACCGUUAAACGAGUUUCGAUAGGGCAGCGUGGAGAUCUCGUAGGAGUUGACAGAACACCUCGUAGUGCUCGUUAUACAAAUGCAGGAUCGCUCUUUCAACAUAGUUACAUCCCACAUUUUGGGCGUGCAGGUUAAUUAGGCGGAGGGCAGUACGUCCACGUGUGCGUUACCUAACGGGUAAGUUGACUCUUCGUGGAGGACUAAUUAACCCCAUGGAAUUAAAGCCUACGACUCAGAGUAGCCUUCAGGCCACAAGUAUUUGCGUGUUGUACAUGAAAUAAAGAUUGUGUCAGUGGUGGCAUUUCGCGCCCAGCUCAAACAUACCGACUACUUUCCAUUUUCCAAAAUUACUGCUGCGAAAAUGGAUUCUAUUGAUAUUUUUAAACAGAAAUAUGGAGAGCAUGGACGAAAACCUUAUUUUCUUUACAAAGGGACUUAAAUGACUUGCUUGCCCGCAUCCGUGCGUAUACGCACGUAUACGUAAUAACGUAGUCUUUCCACCACUUCUAUAUAUUGUGUUGCACCUAUUGGCGACUUUUGCUAAGUUCAUAGAUGAAUGAAAACGGAAAUAGGCGUUGUUAGAGUCUUCACAUGUUUCCAUCUUUUUGUUCAAGUUUUUAGUUUGCUUGAUCAUUUUGUCGCCACUUGCACAUAAUCCAUGUUUCUGUCUACCCCUCUCGUCGAAACUUAUUUUAUUUCCCUAAGCUUUUAAGUCUGAAGACAUUUUCCAUCUUUUGUCGUCCGGCAUCGGACUAUCACGUCAUUUAAUAGCACUCUUUCUUCAGCGACCUCUUAAGUACUCAUGUUCUGCCUUUCUCAUUGCUUUAAAUUUUUCUAUCUUGAUUUUGAACUUCCCUAAGACGUUUUAUUAUUGCGGAUCUGCGAACAGUGAUGUCAAUAUUACCCAAAGUCAAUUGGAAUGAUUUUAACUUACAAAUCUAGGAUCUUGACGGAUGACAUUUUCAAACAAGAAACUAGAAACUGACUCUCUUCUCUUUCAUUGUUGAACUCUUAAGCGCGGUCCCUUCGAAAAGUUCUCUUGUGGCUCCCUCAUGCCCCCGAAGAAGAAUGAGCCAUCUAAAAAAGCAAUCGAGAAAGAAAAGAAAAAGAUAAUUGAGGUUCGAUUUUUUGGAAUUAUAUACUUUUUAGGACAAAACGUUCGGCCUGAAAAACAAAAAGGGUGCAAAGCAGCAAAAAUUUGUCCAACAGGUUCAAAAACAGGUCAUAUAUGGAAACAAGUCCGCGAAAGAUGUAAGCAUUUUCUUAGUUAAAGACGUCCUUCAAAGAUCGAAAGGGCUCAGCAUGAGAAAGAGCUUAAAAAGCUGGAGAAGAAAAAGGAGGCCGAAGAAUUAAAUACACUAUUCAAACCAGUUGCUGAACUUCAAAAAAUAUCGAAGGGCAAGCUGCAUCUCACGUUAUUUAAACCAUUUAGGUGUUGACCCAAAGUCUGUUCUAUGCAUAUUUUUCAAACAAGGUACUUGUACCAAGGGCGAAAAGUGUAAAUUUUCCCACGACCUGUCUGUUGAAAGAAAAACUGAAAAGAAAAAUCUCUACGAAGACGAACGAGGUGACAUGGAGCAGUGGGACCAAGCCCAACUGGAGGACGUCAUUACUAAGAAACACGGCGCUCAAAAUAAGGGUCUUCCAGCGACGACGAUUGUAAUUUACAUACAAUGUGUUGGCAUUCUGUACAGAUUUGUAAGUACUUCCUAGAUGCUGUUGAAGGAAACAAAUACGGCUGGUUUUGGGAGUGCCCGAAUGGUUCUGCAUGCCACUACCGACACGCACUUCCCCCUAAUUUCGUUCUGAAAAAGGACAAGAAAAAAAUGGAUGAACAGAAGGAAACUAUCACUUUGGACGAACUUAUCGAGAAUGAAGUAAAGUCCCGAACUUAUUUAGAAGGUCUUUACUUUUGGCUUUGCGCAUACAUUAGUAGGCCUCUAUCUCACUCGCACGUUUGCGCACUGAAAGUCUUUAAACAAGUUUUUGAUGGUGAUUUUGAUCUAAUUAUUUAGGUUUGAUUUUCGGUUAUUUUGCUAUCCAACAGAGGCUAGGCCUUUAGUAAGGCUAUACUUUUAGUGUCUUAUACCAGUCACACCACAUCAAUCUUAAGUGUCAGCAAUUACCACUUAUUCAUGAUCCCCUCUUUUUAUACUACAAACAAGCUUGCUAUUGAUUUGGGACGUGAGACAUUACGACUAAAAUCAGUCUCCUUAACCUGUUCCCACUGUAUUACUGAUACAGUUUACCAGUCUCCUUUAUCAGUGUUCGUUGUUCCAGAAUGUUGUCCCCUGAUGGAGUUAAAGCCCUUCACUUGCAUCUGCUUCAUAUGCUUUCAUACUACUGGGCGUUUUUAUUGCCGAUGCUCACGUAUCCGCACAAACCCGGCCCAGGAUGUUCUAUUGAUGAUUCCUCAUCGGCCGUAGGCUUGGCAAGUUGACAGUUGACAAAAGACCGUUUUUAACUGGUCUUGCUGCGUUUGUCCAGUUCGUCCACAAACCACUUAAUGGUGGUAAAUUCCUUUCAUUAUUUUAGAAGCUGUGAAUUAAGCUUAUGGAAAUGUAGCAUAUAAGCACUCGCCGAUCAAACGGCCGAGUCCGUUAGGGUCUGAUUGGUCGCCGACCUGUCAAGGCGGUUAUCCAUAGCAAAGGCAUAGAGAUGUUGUGUAUUUUGAUACAGUGCAUUUUUGAAAGAAAUCAAUUUGCGCCUCGUCGCUUUACAGAGUAUGGUCUCUGUUCUGAGACGGGAUGUGACCGGAGACCCCGCCUGUGCAGACCCAUUCCGUUAUCUUUGGCUGUCUACAACGAAAUGCCGACUCCUGUUACUUCCUCGAGAAUCGUUGUCUGUUAGCCGCCACUAGUGGUUUAUGUGAAAUUUACGCGAUCACUCUGCCGUGUCAACACCGGCAUGGUUUCCCCCACCCGCCAGCUGCAAGAGAAAUUCCAGGAAAUGCAAACUCGCCUCUAUGCUGCCUUCAUAGACCGGGCGGAAGUUUUUUACGCGGUGAGUCGCGAUGGACUGAAAAAUCGCGCAGCUUCGUGACGGGACGAUGGCGUGCAUCGCGCACAGUGGGAUAACGUCAGAAGCAUUCGCGGUAUCUAACCGAGUGAAGCAGGUCUGCGUACUCGACCCCACCAUCUUCGGCCUCUUAUCCUCCGCUGUGCUGAUGGACGCCUAUCGCGAUGAGCGUCAUGGAGUCGGCAUCACCUACAGGACAGAUAGCCAUCUCAACAGCCGGGUCAUGCGGGCCCCAUCGCAUCUCUUCAGGCUACUGUUCACGACCUGUUCCUCGCGGACGACGGGGUGCUGAACAACGCGACGGAACCGAAAAUUCAGCGAAGCAUGGACCUUUUUUCCGUGGACUGCACCAACUUCGGGCUGACCAUCAACACGACAAAACAGUAAUCAUGCAUCAGCCGUCACCCGACAUCAAAUACGUCAUUCGUAUCACUGUUAAUGGCUCCCAACUCAGUACCGUGGACGAUUUCGCGUAUUUACCCAGAAAAUUCCCACACAGCAUAAAAAGUGACGACGAAUUGGCUCACUGGGUCUCCAAAGCCAGCCACGUCUUGGCCGGCUUCAGGGCUUCGUCUGGAACUGUCAUGGACUUCGAAUCAGCACGAAGUUCAACAUGUACAUGGGGGUAGUCGUGACAACGGUAUUAUACGGGGCACUCGCUCACCCAAUGACAGACCCGCAUUUAAUUUAAUUGGUUCAUUAAUCGCUGAGUGGUUUUUCAGCUAAUGCUUCAGGGACUGCUCGAGCUCGCUUGUGUUGUCGGAAGUUAUUAUCUGUUCUGAUUCCGAUGCCCUGUGCUGUGCGUAUCGGUUCUGGCUGGAUUUCACUGACCUUGUCGUCUGAGGACAGUGGUGCACUUCGCAGCCUAGCAGUGGAGGCUUGUGUCCAGUCUUCAUAUUUACGCCUACAUUCGCGAAAUCUCAAAGUGGUUCCUGAAUAGGACCCAUUUCCCACUUUUGUCAGGCGACCGAGCGUCAUAGUGCUCCAUCAAGUUAGGGCGGUUAGUGACGUUAGCGUAAAAAAUUUAAACUGUUUCUUUGCCCCGAGGUUUGCCAACAUCGAGCUCCUAACAAAUAGACAAGGGCAUUUUCAGCUGGCGUUACCUACCAGCAUCCUAAUAGCUUCGGCAAAGCCAAGAAGCCAGUCACUAUUGUCACAUUGAUUGCCGAUAGCGAACUUUUGUAGGCGUCGGGUAGUUGGGUCAGUUUGGUCGAUGUUCAACACUUUUAAUGUCACUAAGAAGAAUGAAAGGCAGAACUCCAUAGAGACGAUUUUAACUCUCUAUUUGACAUACCCUCUGUUACUGUUGUUAUGCAUACUGUAGAUGAUGAAUGAUGUCCGACCCCGUCAAUUUGAUUGCUUUUUUGCCCAACUUAGGCAACCGAACUUCUCUUAGACAAAAUCGAAUGCAAAAGUCUCGAAAGUUGUCAGUUCGCGUACCUGGCACCUGACGUAUUGAUGACUGCCCUAACGCAUUCAUUUCCGUGGAUGCCGUUGCACGUAUUGUACUCCUCACUUAAUCAUUAUAAAGUAAAGCUGGAAGAGGAUAAAGUUGACGCUUCUAGUCCCUCCUGGCAUGUAGGUGGGGCCCUUACCUAGAAGCUGGUGACGAUAGUGAAGUUUUAAUUGACAGCGAUCGGCACUGAUCACGUCAUAAUACCACCCUGCUUUGUGACAUUGUUAAAGCCGUUCGAUUUACCGAAUCGGCGCCCACCCACACCUAAAGGUGGCAUUAGGAGCCUCCUCGAUCGCGUCCCUCACACGCAGUUGCGUGCUAACGUAAUUAUAUUUGUUGCUUAUGCCCUGGCGGUCAACAUAAAGUGUUGUACGACCGUCUUUUAGAGGCGUUGCACCUGCUGUUCCUCUGCAGCACGAGUUUUAUAGAAAUGAUUGGAUUAUGCGCAGCAGAGCAGGUACCCCCACCGCUAGUAAGUUUGUCAUUAACAAUUGAUGACGAUAAACUCUCUCUUGAGGGUAAAUUAGGUUGGUUUUGAGUUAGGCUUCCGCGUCUGAAUAAGCAUUACUAACUUUGGAAGACCUUAUGAAUGGUCGAUCCAACUUUUUAAGGGAAAAAUUGACAAGUACAGCACUUGGUUGUUAGUUGAUUGGAUGAACUGCAGCUAGAAAGAACUAUAACUCAGACCGGAAACUCGUGGCAGCCAUACCGGACCCGCGUUUUAGACUACUUCCACAAACCACAUUCUUUUAUGCCGAAAAACUAUGGUCAUAAAGAAAGUAAAUCACCUUUGCCAAGCUUUUCCGUCUAACCAAAAAAUAUGGACCCCGACUGCCGUUUGUUAAAGGAGAAGAUGAAUAGAGGAUAUUGAGGAAUGGCAUUGCGGAGACCUUGACUACCCGGAGGGAAGGCGCAGACUGCAGGACGAAAUACCUGUCAAGGCAGUCUAUCUGUGCACUAAAGCUCUGCGCGUCCGGCUCGCCAUUGACGCAAACUUUUCGUCAUUGCGACAUUGUACGGUGCUGUCCGUGGUGCACAUGGUGAGCACCAUCGGAAUUGGCGGUGGAACUGCCACUGAAUUACUAUAUCAAAGGAGUCCAGCUACGUCUCGUGCAAGCCACUAUCCUCAGACGCAGUGAUUCGUGUAAAUGUUGACUUUCACGACCCAUUGCGAUGAGUUCUUAAACGCUUGGACGUUUCCCCCGUGGAAUUCUGGACCUUCCGGUCGACUGCGAAUUGUUUUUUUAUCUGUACUACGUAAUCAGCGGACAAAUAAAUCGUACAUAUCGGCAGUGCUACAUAAACAGACUAUCGAAAUUCCAGAACCUCUGUGAAGUCUGUGCCAGGUGCAGUUACAAGGUGACUUGGCUUUUGGCCGCCGUAAUUCUGAUCGCUUUGCCUUGCUCCUUAAACAAAUUGAAGAUGUUUUAGGAAAACUGAAAAGAAUUCCUUCAAACACCUUUGGUGAUCAUAGAUGCAGCCAAGUUGUCCUUGUAAAAGACAGAAGGCGUACAUCUACCGUCCUGGGAAGUAAAUAUAGUAUUUUAGUAAAAUAAAAUACUAUUGCCAGUUUUGCUUAUCUAAGAAAACUAUCUCGAUCACGUCUUUUCUAGAAGUGACACUAGGUUUUGCCGACAGCUCUUCUGAGAGAACAGUCAGGUGUGCAAUUAUCUACAAUUCAGCGUCUCAGGGCUGUGUUGAAACUGAGUGCGAACGUUGUUUUCUGUAUACAAUCAAUAUUUCGAAAGUACACACUGAUUCUUUUGUUCGAUGUUUAACACUGUCGCUAAUGUCAGCAUUCAAGUAUCGCAUAAGCACGGUUCUGCCCAUCCGCAAUUCCAUUUUUUAUACCUUCAACAGCCCGCUACUUAAAUAUUGGCAGUAGGUAUCAUAUUUAUUGUAACUACGUUAUCCGUGUAUUGCAGUCUGGUUAGCGAUCGCUUUAGAAAAUUUGGAGGCCUUUUUUCUGGCCUAGGACCCAUUGUUCAUCCAAUGUGAGCAAAUCGUCUCGUUUCCUGCGCAUAUGAGUGCAUCAAACUGAAUUUACGAGAUUUGUCUUCUCAUUAAUCUACAGCGCCGUGCCCUGGGUCUCAACCAGACUAAAGUCACCCUACAAACUUUUUUGGCCUGGAAAAAACGAAAGGUUAGUGCGCUGUUUCCACUGUUCUGCAAUAAUAUAUUUUAAGACCUUUCUGUUUUUAUUCCGUUAAAUUACAUUUUCCGCCUUUGUCAGCGAGAAGAAAAAGUGGCGGCUGGCAACGCCGAAAGGGCUAAAAAAGAGGCUAACUUCUCUCAAGGCCGCCUCCUCGGGGUAAGCGUGAUGUUACUUGUCUGGAUGACUAAAUUUCCUAAUACUAGAAUUUCCCUAACUUCCAAGUUGUUCUCCUAUACAGAUUUCAGGACGUGAGAUGUUUGAGUUCAAUCCUGACUUCAUUGACGAGGGCGAGGAACUUGACGGUGACGUCUGCGACUCUCGGAUGCGUGAAGACAAUGAGGAUGAGGUCAGGCCACUCUGCCAAUCAUGCUCAAAACUUUUUUAUUCUAUCAGCCACUGUCCUCUUAAAAAACCAGCAAAUACCUCCCAGAGGACCUGCAUCACAAUUUCACACAUCAUUUAGUCGUACGCGCCUUAGCACAUGAUAAGUAGGAGGUUGCUACUCACCUCAAUACUGCAACCCAGUAGGCGGCUUUUUUGCUCAACAGCCACCAGAAAAGCAUGUUUGACCAGACAUUCGGUGUUUCGGUUGUACAUAGCGCAUUGUUUGACUGGGGUCUUCAGGUACAUCGGUCGAAGCUACACCUGCCUUCUUUACCACGACACCGCUCUGUGGUGAUGGGAAAUGUUGGGCAUAAAACAAAUCUGCUCACUGACAAUGACGAAACGUGGACCGUCAAGUUUGCUGCAGCAGCACUACCCAGAAUAUUCCCCCGAAGCUUUCGCUUCGUAAAGUAAUUCUUCAAAAGCAGUAUUGUAAAACUCGUUUGCUUACUUCGGCAUUCACAGCCGUAGAGGAUAAUUCGUCGGAAGGAUACCCAGUGUGUGUGUGUGUGGAACGUUCAGGAGAUUGAGAUAUCCCGUAAGCACUUAUGUUUUCCGGCGAGAAUCCUGCCAGCAGCAGCAAAUUGACCUCAGCAUAUUGAUGACAUUCACAGCGCUCCGCAGUGCCUUGUUUUGCUAGAUAUGCUGUACUGGAUGUUUUACCUCAAACAUGCUAAUUUAGCAACCACGUCUGUUAAGACACUUGCACUACGUUUUAGGGCUCAUUCACAUUGGACUUUCACCAUCGCUGUAGUCGAGUUCAGCCAGUUGACUUCCUGGUGCCAGUUUGACACCGGACCUUUCGAGAAUAAACUCACUGGCGUGAGAAAAUAGGAUUGUCAAGUCCUUCAACCCACACCUAAUGCUUGACCAACCCGCGACUUAUUUAGAGACCACCCUACGAUGUUAUUUCUCAAAACUAAAUUCUAAGAUAAAGUUUAUUUUGAAAUUUUGGUUUUUGAUUAGUCUUUGCUGUUGUUUUGCACUGUUCCGGUGGUCGUUUUUUAGAUUGACGUGGAAGUGCAUGAUAUCGACCUCUCAGCCUUCGAUGAAGAACACCUUCUGGAACUCAGUAAGCAACCAUACUUUUGGUACUGGAUUUGUUACUGUGUUCUUUGAAUAAGCAAAUUAGUGAGCGUGAAUUCGGCCAGUCGGAUUUCUCUAUAAAUAUUGGAGAUCAGAACACUUCGGUCUAAACCUCUAGACUCCUCAGGAUCACAUAUUUGUAGUUUUGCCUGCGUCUUAGGUCCUUUCGAAUCACUUAUUUGCGGUUAUUACGUCGGCGAAGCUGCAAUUUUACCCGUGAACAUUUGAAAAUAUGUAGUGCUAUCACCAUGUCCUCUUCAGUAAGCGCCGUAGCAAAUCCGAGGCCGACGAUCGUUAAGUUCUCUCAAGUAACAAAACGGUCUUUAUUUGUUAUCGAGUCUCUUGAAGUUGCGAUCUCUUCUGUGGAGUUUUUUUACUAGUGUUAUAAUUCUACCUUCACCCCAAUAAAACUGCCCAGUAACUGAUUGAGGAAAGAGACCGACGGACUUUUUCAUGCGAUGCCUAGGCAGGCAUCUGUUAAUAAUUCACCCUCAGGCGUUUUCAAGGCCAUCUGUUGAGCAACGAUCCGUGGCACUGUUCAAUGGAGGUCAUCGUAGUGCUUUAAGCGGAAAGUGUAUCAAGUCAUACAGUCCAUACAAUAAAAUUCGGUAUUGCCUCAUGAUCGCAAGAAAUCCGAGCCUUUUUCAGAAUACUUCGGUAUCAGUGGCGUCUGGCAGCACUUAGUAGCAGACUUUGGGUGUCUACACAUUUUAGUGCUUUUUUGUCAAAAGGCGUUUCUUUCAAGUCUUUCGAAAUCAUGGCUUUAGCUAUAAUUCGGUAGCCUAAUGAAUGUCAGGUAGAUUGUCCUUAAGUUCUCGCUAGCGGUUGGCCACACCGUGAUAUUUCUGUCGCUCUCAUUUGGCAAUUUACGAUCUCCUUUACCGGAGAUGUGUGCGGUAUGCGGUGAGGGGUAGCCAUUUGAUGGAGUGACAGUUCUACCUGGUACACACCUGUGUGAAGCGCUGAUUCCCUUCUGACCCCCCCCCCCACCCUGCCACUCAGUCUCCGCCCAUGUUAUUGCUCCGGCUGGUAGGCUAAACGAGGUGAGGGUAGGCUGCGUGUCUUCAGCGCCUGUGAAUUUGUCUGUAAGUCCUAUUUUUUCCCGCCUCUCCAGCAGGACGGCGUCGCUCUUAGGCUGGACCAAGACAGGAAUCACAUUGAUGCAUGGGUUUGGGUUAGUCGGGUUACGCUGAGUCUACCUAGAACCUUAGAUGCUGCCAUACUUGCGUGCAGAGCCGUUAGACGGAAGACCGCGUUACGUCAAUCAGCGCGCUUUAUCUCAUCAGCAGUCAGCCAAAAAGCCCUAUCGGGCCACUGGUAAGGAAGUGGGAUAGAUAAGUCAGAUGCUACCGCGUGCGGUAGCACGGUGAUUGCAUCCCACAAAUACUGCAGCCCAUUGUGCAUGAACUGUCCGUAUCUGCUAUAGUCUCUGAUGAUGAGUUCGGACAGGAAUUCGAUCGUGUCUCCAUUUUCCUCGAGACAUUUAGGAAUCGUUAAUGGAGGGACAAUACUUAUGGGACCUAUGCUCUUUAGGUAGACUCCACUUCUCUCUAUAAUUGAAAAGUGGAAACCCCACACUUCGAGCAUCCGAGUUGUUUAUGCAUUCUUUCGCCUACUUCAGAAUACCAAGAGGAAACAGUGUUUUCUAUUGUCAUUACUCUUCAGUGGUGCUACUAAAAAAACUCCUUUUAUAGAUGGGACGGAGAACCAGGAUCCUGCUGCUAAGGCUGCGUCUGUACAUCCUGCUAAAGGUAAGCCAGACCCUUUGAUGCAAGUAUCUGCUCUCCUUAGGAUGACUGGUCUGCUUGUUAGCCGAACUGCUGUCCAUUCGGUGCGUCCGCAGGCAGCGGUCGUUCCUAUUCACGCGCACUGCACCCUGUUCAUCUACGUUAAAUCGGUUAUCGGAAGGGUUGUGCUAGGUGUUGAUGGCAUCGAAUUCGCACCAGGACGUCAGCUGCCCAGCACUGACUGUGUCGACGAUGUCGUGACCUACAGAACGCAGUGUAGCGUGUGAAUGAGGUCGUCACAUCUGUUAGCUAAUCCAUCAGCUUGAAGAAGUGGGUGGUUUCAACGUCGAUGCGAUGUUGCUGCCAGAGGCAGAGUAAGGACGACGCCGUACCCCGAAUCGAUACUGCUCAUGGGGUUUUCGCGGUCCUUCUAAACACUCCACGGACCCGACGUGAUGUCCUUAUUGCCAUGAAGAUUCGCCUGUACCGAGCAUCCGUCCAACCAGUCCUCUACCAUGGCCUUAAAUACAGGGAAGAAUAGCGACAACUGAGGGUGUCUGCCCACCAUUGCCCCUCGAUUGAAUUUCAUUUUGUCUUAAAUGUGACAAUCUGAACUCGCUGCGAUACCCGGGGUCCUCCAAAAAGGACGACAUCGGACACCGCCGUGUCUCAUAAGCGCUGCGUUUUUAAUCUCUGUCCGGCGCCUUACCCAUCUGUAGGCAUCGAAUAGGUCAGCUCAAGAUCUCAGUCGGCACAGCCCCCAAGACGGGAGUGUUUCCUGGGCAUUGGGCGCACUUUCAGUGGGUCGAACUCUCCAGUCCUGCUGCUGUAUAUUGUCGCCCCUGAACAGGUGCGAUCCGCCAUACCAUCGAGACGGGUCAGAACGGGCAUGAUCACGCCCCUACCAACAUGUUGAUGUGCGCUUUCGCGAAUAUUAUGGGUUCUUGCACACGAACGGAAUUACUAAGACCGCUCCUAGCGUCGAUAAUUUUAGGGAAUGUGGAGUCCGGCGCUUUAAAAACGCCGGCCGAACACCCCAAACGUGCUUUCAAACUGAACUGCCGCGUUGCCGUCACGUGCUAUGCGAAGUUCGAUGUUCAGUUUGCCAGACCUUAAUCUCUUACAUUCGGCUUGCACUGCCGUUGCUAACCCGUGAUCACAUAUUCGCCUGAUACAAAUCGGCUUAUUACGCAGCGAACCUAUGCUGCGGGUUUUUUUUACUUAUUCGCCACUUAUUGAUGCACUGAAAAGCCGGCAGUUAGAUUAAUGAACUGGUCGCACUGGAACCACAGUAUAAGUUGCGUGAACGGACUAACCACUCCCCCACCUGCGCCCGACAUCACGACCAAGUCAAGAAGACCGUAGGUGGGAGAGGCCGUAGGUAGUUUGCGCGGCGUAAAACCCGCACAUAGGCAUGCUACCUCAUCCCCUGGUCCACGACAAGCACUUGAACAGCAUUUUAACCAGAAGUGGUUGGCGGGAGGAAUCUCGAUUGGGGCUGCGUGAGUCUGCAGCUGGGCCUGCCACCGCACCACGAAUGUUGGCAUACGAGCGCAUUCCCUAUAACGUUUGCCGUGUUGGUCCACCGCAUCUACCGUGUGGCGCGUUUUAAGGGCAACUGAAUGCUCAAACACGUCCUGUCAUUUACUUCCUCUCGCGUCUUCGUGCAGACUUCCCGUAGAAAGCAUUUUAUGCGCGUAAAACACGGAAGUCAGUCCUGAGGUGACGUGCUAUAUGGAAACCUCAUUACAAGUGGCAUGACUUGCACUACACCGGGCGAGCCAGUGCAGCCCUCGGCCCGUGUUUGGCCUCCUCAACCAGAACCUUCCUGCCGUUUUUUACGCUAGCCGGCUUAAUUUCGUCCACCGGUUUCUGCCUGGACCCCGUCGGUGUAGGCGCAGUCCCUGCAUAUCGUGUCUCCCACGGUUUCAUACCUAAGAUGAAGCGCUGAAUGAUCUUUCAUGCUCCUAUAAUCGACUAUUCCUAUUCAGGAAUCCAAAAGAACAUUGAUCGUUUUUGGGUUGUGCUGUUAUCGUCAUGUACUAUCUCCCCCUUCUACAGGUGACCUAGCGAUUGAUGAGGAUCUGUUCAACAACGAGGACCUGGAGGGCUUAGAGGAAGAACUCGAGGGCCUCGAAGUGGAGCCAUGA